AUGGCAUCCCGCCGCCACCACCACGCCUGCUCACGGCUCCAGAGCCACCACGAUUACAUCCCUCUAGUCGCCACGUCAUCACUCUGCUGCACCUACGGAGACUCAACUCACUGCUGCACCCAAUCCAGCCACCCUUCGCCGCCGCCGGAUAAUCUUCUUCACCUCGUCGCUUCUUACCUCCAAACUCAGCAGCAACAAGAAAGGAAAUGCCAUGACCAGACCUGCUCCUGCGAAACCCCGUCUCCGAGAUUCAACGGUGGUAGACGUCAGCACGGCCAGCAGAAGAACGUUCCACGAGAAAACGACCACAUUGUCUUAUCCUGUCUUCUCCGGAAAAUCGAUGAUCUCGAGUCGUCACUCAACGAGUUCGCAGCUUCUUAUGACCAACGUCGCAAUCGCCACUCUACACUGAGAGAUUCCGCGGCGCGUGUCAUUCAAACCCAUUUCCGGUCUUACCUGGUUCGCAGAUCCAUAUCCUUUAGGCAUCUCAAGGAGCUCGCAAUGAUCAAAUCGAGUUUCUUGUCUCUCAAAUCUUCGGUUUGUGGUAAACCCAGUUUCCCAUUCAAGGCUGUUUCUCGGAAAGCUACAGACUUGCUUCUGCAACUUGAUUCGAUUCAGGGUAGGGUUGAUCCAAUGAUACGAGCUAGUAAGAGAUCAUUGAGCAGAGAUUUGGUGAGGUUUUUGCAGUAUGUUGAUGAUUGUGCUGUUAAAAGGUGUGAAUUUAUUGCUAAGUCUGCAGUAAGUGUGAGCUUUAGCAAACGUAGAGGCUCUGAUGGCAAAAAGCCUCAGGGUUUUGGUUUAGCAGAAGGCAGGACAACCGAGAAACUGAGGAACCGAAUGGGGAAAGUCAUAGUUACGUCCAGUGAGGAUGAAGAUAACAACGAAGAGGUAGAAGAGCUGGACUUUAUGACUGAUGAUAGUGAGGAAGUGCCAGUGAAGAUUGGUAGCUCCAAGUCUAGAACUGGGGCCUUUGUGAAAGGCAAUGUAGUGAAGCCUCCGGUUAGGAAAGCCAUGGUAUUUGACAAGAACAGGAAUUUGUAUCAGGUAACUUCGAGUGCAGAGGAGGAUGAUUCAGUUGAUGAUGGCGAGGAAGUUCUCGUGAUGUCGAGGGACAAGGGAAGGAAGCAAGGUUCGAAGACUAGGAACACUGUUUUGGUGAAAGAGAAUGGAGGGAAAAACCGGGUGGUGAAAACUGUGAGCUUUGAUGAGAAUGGGAAUAUAUAUAAGGUUUAUGGAGAUACGCCAGAGUCAAGCAUAACCGAGGAAGAUGACUCGACAAGCGGAUCCAACAAUGGAAAUGAAGAAGGGAAAGGGAAAGAGAAUGGUUUACGGAGAAAGGUUUAUGGAGAUAUGCCAGAGUCAAGCAUAAGCGAAGAAGAUGACUCGACAGAUGGAUCAAAUGAUGGAAAUGAAGACAAGAAAGGGAAUAGAAAUGAGGUUGAGGACAUCAAACAUGUGCCCAAGGAAAACGAGGGCUUUGAAGUAGAAGAAGAAGAAACUCAAUCUGAAAAUGAAGGCUCUUCGUCAGAGGGCAGUGAAAGGGACGCAAUAGUUACAAGAAAUGCUAAUAGCCCUGGAAGUAGUGAGCACAAGAAGGAGAUCCAGCUUCAGAAAGGAAGCUUAAUGUUCUCUCCUCCAUUGCCACUUAAAAUGGAACCUUGA